AUGAAGUUCUCGACUGUCGCUGUUGCUCUGACCAGCUUGGUCGCUGCCGCCACUGCUCUUGAUCCCAUCAAGGAUCUCCCGCCGUGUGCUCAAGAGUGCGCAACCAAUUCGAUCCCCAAACACUGCGGAAUCGAAGUCAAGUGCAUCUGUACUGCUGCCUCGUUCCUCGAGGCCAUCACUUGCUGUGUCGCGCAAAAGUGCUCGCCAGCAGAUCAGCAAGCCACGAUUAAAUUCGCCAAUGGCAUCUGCGGCACCGAGGGCAUCACCAAUCUUCCCCAGAGCGCUAUCUGCACAACGAACAGUGCCACUUCAAGUGUCGUUUCUCGACCAACCGGCAAUAUAACCAGCUCUGCGACCACCCGCUCUACCCCCUCCGGAACCCCCACCAUUUCGACCAGUCCCUCUGGUAACACUGCUGCCACCAAAAGCUCGGCACCUGGCUCUGCCACCUCCAAGGCUGCGGCAGCUUCCCUCAGCAACGCCAAUGGCGGUGCCAUUGCCGCUAUUGCUGGCCUACUCAUGGUUCUUGCUUAA